CACACUACCAAAAAGUCCAGCUGCGUCGUUGAAAAAUAUUUUCAAUGCAUCGUACGUUGUUUUAUUUCAAAGGAAAUAUCAAUUAAAAUAGUUCAAAACGUUUAAUUUAAGAAGCAUUCGGCAAGCGGGUUGCAGGAUGAAUAUAUAUAACAAAUUGCGGGCCAGGGAGCACGGAUACGCUAAUGAAAGGACCUAUGAUUUUGCACUCCGGCGGCUUUCGGUAGCUAAGGAGGACAGUUGGCGAGGCAUCGCCCCGGCAAACUACUGCCCGGACUUUAAUCCGGAGCCGCCGAUCUUCUCCGCCAAGUUCGCCAACUGCGAUGGCUACCGGCACAUCCUGGCGAUUGCCAACGAAGACGGCAAGAUCACGCUGCAGGACACUACACAAAGAAACCACCUGCCGGAGGAGCAGUCCCUCGUGGGACCCCAGUGCCACUACAAUGCUGUUUUCGAUUUGGAAUGGGCCCCCGGCCAGAUGCGCUUCGUCUCCGCCUCGGGAGAUCACACGGCUAGGCUCUGGGAGGUGGCGGGCUCCGGCAUCCGCGGCCUGAACUCCUAUGUUGGUCACACCAGGUCCGUAAAAUCGGCUGCUUUUAAACGGACCGAUCCCGCUGUUUUUGCCACAGGCGGGCGUGAUGGCGCCAUCCUCAUCUGGGACAUCAGAGCAAACCUUAACAUGGAUCUAACGUCACGAGUCGACAACUGCAUCUACAGUGGCCACACGGGCGGACCGGGUACUCCGGUUUCCCAACGAAAGCAGCGUACACGCACCCCUAAGAUGGCAGGAGGAACCACCUCGAGCAGUAUAACGGGCUUGGCCUUCCAGGACAACGACACGCUGAUCUCCUGCGGCGCCGGUGAUGGAGUCAUAAAGGUGUGGGACUUGCGGCGGAACUACACGGCUUAUAAAAAGGAACCGCUGCCCAGGCACAAGUUACCUUACGCCGGACACUCCACUUUCCGGGGAUUCACUAAUCUUAUUGUGGAUGCUUCGGGGUCGAGACUGUAUGCCAAUUGUAUGGAUAACACCAUUUACUGCUAUAACUUGGCUUCCUACUCACCUCGCCCGUUGGCAUGCUACAAGGGUCUCCUAAACUCCACGUUCUACAUCAAAUCUUGCCUCAGCCCGGAUGGAAAGUAUCUGCUAAGCGGAAGCAGUGACGAGCGGGCUUACAUCUGGAACCUGGAGCAUGCCGAGGAGCCUUUAGUUGCUCUAGCUGGACACACGGUGGAAGUGACAUGCGUGGCUUGGGGGUCCAGUCACGAUUGCCCCAUCGUCACCUGCAGUGAUGAUGCGCGACAUAAGAUUUGGAGGAUUGGAGCCGAUCUCGACGGCCUCAGUGAGGCGGAGCGCGCAGAAAAGUACCGUGGAACUGCCUCUUACGUCAGGGAAUUCGGAAAAAAGGUUUCGGGUCCAGUUAGUGGAAAUCACAAGUACAACCUGAGAGACCUGGAGUCCACGCCAAGAUCACUUAAGCGUUUAAUGGAUCAAAACGAAAGAACACCUGGCUCUGUGGAAAAGACGACCACCAAACGUUCAUUUUUAGAAAUGCUGGGCGUAGCUGGCCAGGAGACAGAUACCAUAGAUCAGCCCCAAAAGCGUGCCAAGCCGCUGGAGUCCCGUGGCAGACGGCUUUUUGGACCUUCCAGCCAGGAAACCACUUGCAAGCAUAUACAGCUUCAACCCAUAAACGAAGAAGACGCCUCCCCAAGCAAACGACAAAAAGAGAAUUCUGCGGCGGAAGAUAUCUCACCACUGCACAAGCUCCUCAACACGCCAGGUCAUUCUCCUUUAAGUGAAAAUGUGAACCACAUGUAUACCUCCCCGCCAACCACUUCAGCGGCAGCAGCAGCGGCCUCAGAUGGAGCUAAUCCACCGUCAAUCUCUGCCAUUAUCUACUCGCCUACCUCCAAUCUGCCCAACUACGUUGUGGACGGCGAGGCGCCCCACCUGGGCAUUAUGUCGCCUAAACGGAAGGCCAAGGAGAAGGUUGACUGGCUGACGAAUAUCCGAAAACAGAAGCUGAUGAGUGGCAGGGCACAUGUGACGCUAAGCGACAAGAUCAGUGAGGAGCAGCAUGCUGACGUUUUGGCAUCACCGCGACUCCAGAGUCUUCGUCAAUCCGAGUGCAGUCCCAGAUUGCAGGCCACUCCCCGCAGGCGCAUCUCACACACGGAUGGCGGCGGUGGUACACCAGCAGGAAGCUCCUCCCAUUCUCACUCAACUACCCAGCCUAGGACCCCAACCUCUAGUAGAAGAAAUAGCGAGACGACGCUCCUGCGAUUCUUCAGUAUCCAGAGGAGCAGCAGUGUGCCGGCGGAAGAAACCACGACAGCGACAGCGGCUCCAUCCUCCCCAAAUUCUCCGGCAGUGACUGCUCCCACUGCCACAUCCCUUAGCAUGCGUACACCCACCACGGCGGUGGGCAGCGAUUGACGCGAAGCCUCUAACUUUAUUUUUACAGUCAAAGGGAGGUCACAGCACCAUUAUUGCACUUGUAGUUAUAAGCGGACAUUGUUUAAGUUAUUUUAUGUAGAUAGUAGGUUGCAUCUAUCGCGGGACGAGUUGGUAACCAACUCCCCGCCAUUUGUACAGCGCUCAUACAAAAGACUAACGUACCCAAAUAAAAGUAAAUCAAUUUUUAA